GGGAGGGGAGGGUGCUGGAGCGGGGGUCACUCGGUCACUCUGGCCGGAGAUCUGAGCGGCUUCUGCUCCCUCUGCGCUGUGGAGUGCAUCUGUUUGCCAGCCUCGCUGGACCGUUGAGAGGAUUCAUCGAGACCGUGGAUAUGGAUAUGCAGUGUGAACUGAAGUUUGGGGACAUGAGUAAUCAGUCACAGUGGCCCAAGAUUUGAGGUGUAAAUGGAGAAGUCAAUGAUUCGCUGCAGCUGUGUGGAACAGGCCUCAGCCAGCCCUCCGGAUGCUGGUGCUGCCAUCCCCCUGCCCUCAGCCUCUGGCAUUUUCCUCCGUUGAGACCAUGGAGGGCCCUCCCCGUCGGACAUGCCGCUCCCCAGAACCUGGACCUUCCUCCUCCAUCGGAUCUCCCCAGGCUUCAUCUCCUCCAAGGCCCAACCACUACCUGCUCAUUGACACUCAGGGUGUCCCCUACACAGUGCUGGUGGACGAGGAGUCACAGAGGGAGCCAGGGGCCAAUGGGGCUUCAGGCCAGAAAAAGUGCUACAGCUGCCCCGUGUGCUCAAGGGUCUUCGAAUACAUGUCCUACCUUCAGCGACACAGCAUCACCCACUCGGAGGUAAAGCCCUUUGAGUGCGACAUCUGUGGGAAGGCAUUCAAGCGCGCCAGCCACUUGGCACGGCACCAUUCCAUUCACCUGGCGGGUGGUGGGCGGCCCCACGGCUGCCCGCUCUGCCCUCGCCGCUUCCGGGAUGCGGGUGAGCUGGCCCAGCACAGCCGGGUGCACUCUGGGGAACGCCCAUUUCAGUGUCCACACUGCCCUCGCCGCUUUAUGGAGCAGAACACGCUGCAGAAGCACACGCGCUGGAAGCAUCCGUGAGCUGGGCUGCCGGGUGCCCCAGGUACCACAGGACUUUGCAGGGAGCCUGGACUCCUGUCCAGACACCUGGUGAGAGCCCGAGGCUGGUGUUCAGGCCCCCGGACACAGACACAGAGCAGCCGCAUCUCAAAGGCAGAGCCCUGCCUGAAGGAGGAAUCCGUGAGUAAUCUUCAGGUCCUCCGUGUUGUGGAGCUGAGAUGGGAAUGAGCUCCUA